AUGGCCGGGAGGACGCGGAGCGGCGAAGCGCUGCGGGUGGUGGCCCGGUGCCGCCCCAUGAGCCGGCGGGAGGAGGCUGCGGGCUGCGAGCGCGUCCUGGAGCUGGAGGUGAAGCUGGGCCGGGUGACCAUCCGCAACCCCCGCGCCGCUCCCGGAGAGCUGCCCAAGACUUUCACCUUCGACGCCGUCUACGACGCCAGCUCCAAGCAGGCUGAUCUGUACGACGAGACGGUGCGGCCGCUGGUGGACUCGGUGCUGCGAGGGUUCAACGGCACCGUGCUGGCCUACGGGCAGACGGGCACCGGCAAGACCUACACCAUGCAGGGAGCGUGGGGGGACCCCGAGACGCGCGGCAUCAUCCCCAGCUCCUUCGAGCACAUCUUCACGCACAUCUCGCGCUCGCAGAACCAGCAGUACUUGGUGCGCGCCUCCUACCUGGAGAUCUACCAGGAGGAGAUCCGCGAUCUGUUGGCCAAGGACCAGAGCAAGAAGUUGGAGCUGAAGGAAAACCCCGAGACGGGUGUCUACAUCAAGGACCUCUCCUCCUUCGUCACCAAGAACGUGAAGGAGAUCGAACACGUGAUGAACCUGGGUAGCCAGGCGCGUUCGGUGGGCAGCACCAACAUGAACGAGCGCAGCUCCCGCUCGCACGCCAUCUUCCUCAUCACGGUGGAGUGCAGCGAGACGGGGCCGGACGGCCACGAGCACAUCCGUGUCGGGAAGCUCAACCUGGUGGACCUGGCGGGCAGCGAGCGGCAGAGCAAAACGGGCGGCCCAGGCGAGCGGCCCAAAGAGGCCUCCAAGAUCAACCUGUCCCUCUCCGCUUUGGGCAACGUCAUCUCGGCGCUGGUGGAUGGCAAAAGCACGCACGUCCCAUACCGGGACUCCAAGCUGACCCGCUUGCUGCAGGACUCGCUGGGCGGCAAUGCCAAGACCAUCAUGGUGGCCACCUUGGGCCCGGCGUCGCACAGUUACGAGGAGAGCCUCUCCACCCUCCGGUUCGCCAACAGGGCCAAGAACAUCAAGAACAAACCCCGGGUGAACGAGGACCCCAAGGAUACAUUGCUGCGGGAGUUCCAGGAGGAGAUCGUGAGGCUGAAGGCGCAGCUGGAGAGGCGCGGCAUGCUGAGCAAGAAGAGGAGGAGGAGCAGCCGGAGGAAGAAGGCGGCGGAUGGGGAGACGGUGCAGGAGAACGAAGGGGAGGAUGACAAUGAAGAUGGGCUGGAGAAGAACAUGGAGAACUACCUGCAGGAGCAGAAGGAGAGGCUGGAAGAGGAGAAGGCUGCUAUCCGCGAUGACCACAGCCUGGUGAGCGAGGAGAAGCAGAAGCUGCUGGAGGAGAAGGAGAAGAUGAUCGAGGACCUGCGGAAGGAGCAGGAGGCCACGGAGCUGCUGGCCACCAAGUACAAGGCCAUGGAGAGCAAGCUGCUGAUCGGCGGCAGGACCAUCGUGGACCACACCAAUGAGCAGCAGAAGAUGCUGGAGCUGAAGCGGCAAGAGAUAGCUGAGCAGAAACGCCGUGAGAGGGAGAUGCAGCAGGAGAUGCUGCUGCGGGAUGAGGAGACCAUGGAGCUGCGGGAGACCUACACAUCCCUGCAACAGGAGGUGGAGAUCAAGACCAAGAAACUGAAGAAGCUGUACGCCAAGCUGCAGGCUGUGAAGGCAGAGAUCCAGGACCAGCACGACGAGUACAUCCGCGUGCGGCAGGACCUGGAGGAGGCACAGAACGAGCAGACACGGGAGCUGAAGCUCAAGUACCUGAUCAUCGAGAAUUUCAUCCCACCAGAGGAGAAGAACAAGAUCAUGAACCGCCUCUACUUCGACUGUGAGGAGGACCAGUGGAAGUUCCAGCCACUGGUGCCGGCUGGCGGGAACAGCAACCAAAUGAAGAAGAGGCCAACCUCUGCAGUGGGGUACAAGAGACCCAUCAGCCAGUACGCCCGCGUGGCCAUGGCCAUGGGGUCGCAUCCGCGGUAUCGGGCUGAGAACAUCAUGUUCCUGGAGCUGGACCUCUCCCCUCCGGCAGUGUUUGAGUUUGAACGGAGCCGGGACCCGGCCGAGCAGGACCCACGGGCUCUGCACCUGGAGAGGCUGAUGCACCUGGACAGCAUCCUGGAGCGGCCGGCAGCCUCCCGGGUGAGGAAGUCCCGCUCCUGGUGCCAGACACCACGGUCGCUGCCAUCCUCCACUACACACGCGUCCCUUGCUGCCAGCUCCCCACGCACCUCUGCGACACCGGCACAGGAAUGAUGGCCCCAGGACCCCCAGUCCCAGGAUUCCCGACCCCAGGACCCCUAACCCCAGGACCUUCUGACCCCAGGACUGAGGCCACCUCUGCUCCAGGGCUGAACAGUGUCCCCAGCAGCAGCAUCCUACCGCCUUCAGCUACUUAUGUGCACUGUAUGUGUGUGAGAUGCUCCCUGCGGCUCUGAGACCAUGGGAGCUGCCCUCUUCAUCCUCCUUCCCCAACACACCCCUCCCAAGUCUGGAUCUGUCACUUUAUUUAUUUAAUGUAUUUAUUUAUGGAGUGGUUGGCGAGCAGCUGGAAUGUGCUCUCGCAGGACACCGAGCUGGGUCAGCUCUGGUGCUCUGAGCCCCCCUGGACCCCAUUGGCUUUGACACAAGAUGAGGUGGCUCCAGACACUCCUUGCUGUGUUCAUUGGAUCUCGAGUUUGCCAUAUAAUUCGUGCUUGUGGCAACUCCUGCAAGACUUCAGAGACUUCCCAAUGGCAGACCCUUGUGCUGAACUUGUCCAAGACCACAAGGAACACUCUGGACUGCAUCGGCAUUGGUGGCAGUGAUGUCUCACUGAUGUCUGGGCACAGCUGUCACUCCACAAAUGCCAGCUCUGUGCACCAAGUGGGCUGACAGAUUCACCAACCAAGUCAGCCCAGCGCAGCUCUCCUCUGGAUAGUGCUGCACAGAGGUCACUUGGGGUCUGGAGGACAUUUGGUGAUUUUAUGGGUUGUGGAGGGAGAGCUAAUGAAUGUGAAACGGGUAAUGGAUAGGAGAGGGGUGAGCAGUGAGGCUCCUCUGUCCAGCACAGAGCAAUCUGAAACCCAUCAAAAGCAGCAUCUGCAGUUGCUAGGAGAUUGAGUUGUGCUACAGCAUCCUGAUGAAUGAGGGAGCGGCCUCGUCGUCCAGGAGGAAAGACAUGGGUCUGCAAAGGGAAGGGUGCUGGAGCUAAUCCCUGGGUGGGCAAGCUAAGAGAUUACGGGUGGGGGCAGUGUU